AUGUCUGAACUGGUUUCGCUAUCUAGCUCGGAUUCCGAGGCGAGUGAACCUGAGUACCUUAUGAAUACCAGGGAAAGAAGAUCAAAUGCUGGGAAUAAAAUGAAAGCAUUGUUGGAACAAGAACUAGAUGAAAUGCAAAAGAGAACGGAACACUUUGAUCAGGAUGAAUUAGAUUUACUUUUCAAAGAAGAUGAGGAUGAUGAAGAUUUUGAUGCACAACCCACUUCUCAUAGGAAAUCCAAAUCAGUGGAUGAAUCAGAAACGGAGGCAAACCAAGAUGAAGAUAUGGUAUUUAGUAGUGAUUCUGAUAAUAACAAUGAGAUAGUAGAGGAGUCUGAUGAAGAAGCUGCAAUUCUUAGAGAGGAAAAAUUACAACAAAGAAAGAGACAAAAAAGAAAACGUACUACCAAUAUAAUAAAAAAAAAGAGCAUUGUAAAGGAUGAUACUACAUCCAAACAACCUGUAAAACGGAGAAGACAUGAUUCUGUUCAAUUGAACCCUGAAAGUCUAUUACAAGCGGAGAGACGUACCUCUAAGAGAUCAUCUGUUGUGGCUAACAAACUGAAAGUUUAUGAAAACUUGUCACACGCAGAAGAAAAACGUAAAAUUAUUCAAGAAAGAUUAAGAAAGACAAGAGAGAAGGCUAUUGAACAUAUACUUACUCAAGAAGAUAGAAUGAGAGUUGCUCUAGAAACUGAGAAAUUUAAUUUAUUAAGUUUAAACAAAUAUAAAGAAUUGGAAUUAUCAAAAAAAAAAUCAAGAUUAGCAUUACAACAAAGACAGAAACUUAAAUUCAAACCCCAAGAAAUUGUAGAAACAUUGCUUUCUACUGCUUGGAAUGUCUCUCCAGCUGUAGAAAUUGAAGAUGAAAGAUAUUGGUCUGAAGAACUAAAGAAAAGAGAAAAAAAGAAGAGAAAAUAUGUAAGAAAAGCUAAAAAGAAAGAUACAGAGGAUAGUAUUGAUGUAAAAAAUACAAACCAAUCAAAUACAGCCAAUCAUGACGAGUAUGAAGAGGUUAAACUGGGGCUUCCCUUAAAAAGUGACGGUAUCGAUGAAAACAAUACAAAAACCCAUGAUAGAAAUGUGAAACUGGAUUCAGAAGGUUUGCAUAUUAACCCUGAUGACACUAAAAAUAUUCAUGAAUCUAAGGAGAUCCCCUUGGUGAAAACUUCCAGUACAGAGAUGCCAAAAAAAUCUCGUCACUCUUCGACGCAAGAUAAAAAUAUAACUGGAACACAUGAAAUUACAAAUCUGGCAACGUCUUUGGAGGGAGAUUCAGAGGAUACAACUCCACCGAACAAAAGUUCCACCACAUUUGGUCUAAACCUUGACGUUAAAAGUAAUCCUCCGGAACUAACAAAUCAUGAGAAUAGAAAGAAGCGGGUAAGUUUCGAUACGAAACCAAGUAUUGCGAUCAUCGGGACUGAUACGAACCUUUCGCCGUCUACAAAUGAGAUGCAACUCUCACCAGGUUCACCUACAUCAUCAAAAGAGGGUUCACCACAAUCAAUAACCUCUACAGAAGCUGACGAUAUGGAAAAACUUAAACUGAUUUACGAAGGCCCAGUUCAACAGGUAUCAAAAAAUUUUAUUACUCAAUUCUCAAUAACUCCAAAUCUAACAUUUUCAACUGAAUUUGAUAGCCCUAACUUUUUUGAUUAUUUAAACCCUGAUAGGAAUCAUCACUCGUCAGACGCAUUCAAACCAUUAGUUCAGUCAAGAAUAUCAGAUGCUGACUUAUUAUUUGAAGCAGACGGCAUAGAAAAAGAGGAAAUUGAACUUGUUCCUAAUCUAGAUAUAUUGACCACAUUUCGUAUGUUUGGUGAAUUCGAUAGAAAAUUUGAGAAAGUUCUGAAGACCACUGAAGUUAAAAAUGAAGACUUAAAAAUUUCUACACCUGCACCUAUGGGUAUAUAUACCAGUAAUAAUAAUGUCAAAAAGUCAUGUCUCAUUAAUAACAGAAGCUGUAAAUAUUUUGAUCCUAACUUGGGGGUUCCGUAUUCUGAUUUAACGAGUUAUAAAAUUAUUCAGGAUCUUCAAAAUAGCGGAGAUACGAGGGAGUAUCAAUGGUUUGGUUUUAAAAAUGGAGGGAUAUACAUUAAAGUUAAAGAAAGACAUGCAAAGGGUGUUCCUGAGGGAUUCUAG